UGACAAAAUAAGGUGCUAUGAUUGGUUCGUACACACGUGCGUAUGACGUGAGUAUGAGAUGUAGAUACCGUAGUUCACUAGUUCAGACACUCGUUGGCUGUCGAGAGGUGAGUAUGCGAAAAAAUCGUGGUCUUUCGGUUACUGAUGUAUAUUGAAGAAAUCGAACUAUCGAAGCUAAAUUACCUCUACUCUUCUUGUAUAGGUCUGUACAAGAUUCUGCUGUCUUUGGAAAAAGUUUGAAAGAAUCAAAGUAAGAAUUAUUCUAUGUUUAGUUUAACAAUAUUUAUUAAAAGCAUUUAGUACAUUUACGUAUAUCACGUUAAAGUCCAGUUUAAUAGCGAAAGCAUAAAAAUGUUAAGGGGUAUUUGCAUUUUAGUUUUUGAGCCGAAAUGAUGUUUAAGACAUUGAGUUUUGUAAAUUUAAGCUUAAUAUCCUUAGGUGUAAGACGUGUAUUUAAAUUAAAGCAGGAUUCAAUAAAUCUCAAACGACAAUCACGUUCUUUGUCAAGUAGUCGAUCGAUAGUUUUGAUAUAGUGUCACUGUCUGAGAUUUAGGAUACUCGAAUCGUCGGGUUGUCAGUUUUGCGAUAUGUUUUACUGAAAAAGAUCUAGCACAAAGGACGUACAUUUCAACGAUUCUAUCAAUACGACGAGAAUAGUUUUGAGUUAAUAUUGAGCAAGAUACCGAUAACUAUAAGAUCUUAUUCGCAUAUACCUUCAUCUUGACUUUCAAGUUUCUCUUCCAAGCGAAGGAAAAUCUUGUGUUAGUCUUUCUUUGAUCCAUAAAUGCGGCUUUAAAGAGAAAAAGUAGCAGAUUAGUGCUUGGAAUGUAUAAUUUCGUUCGGAUACGAACAUUUAUCGAUAGAUAAAAUUCAAGAAUAGGCUUUAGGAAUUCCCCGCAAUACAACAAUGACGUCAUCGAAACCAGAUUUAUUACAUUGUAUUGAGCUCAAUAAUAUUGAAUAUAAGCAUUUGGACAAGUUUCGAGAUUGGAUAAGCAAUUUCUCUAGAUAUUUUUAUAUGUAGUUUAUAAGAAAAGGCUGUAGUAAAUUACGGUUAAGACAAGUGAUUUCGUUUCUAUAAUUCUAUUAACAUAAUUAAUGAAUUCUAAGAAGAGAUUUUCCAAGUAUGUCGGAAAUGACGUCAUAUGGAUACAAGUAUAUUUAAAGUGGCUCCAUGUUGUUUUCAACCAUAAAAUAGCGACACUAAGUUAAAGGCUUAUUAGAGAGAGAGAGGUUUAUUUGACAGGAAUGCUUAAAUAGACUAUUCACGGUAAAUAGUACAGUUCAUCUCUAAGGAGGAUACAUGUAUGUUUCACCGUAGGGAACAUUUAAAGUAAAUCCGUGAUGGUAUUUUCUGUGUUUCGAGAAUUUUGACGAUUUUAAGAGAUAGUCCAGAACUCUAAAUUGAAACGCUUAAAACAUUGCAUCGCAAAAAUUCACAUCAUAAAAUGUAACAAAUAUGUUAUCGUUGCCAUAUGUACUUUCCUGAAUUUCCAAAGGAUUUGGCAAUAAUUUUACCAGGCCUUCCCGGCUCAACCUGGCUAAUGGCUAUAUCUCUCGUAUAUUUUGGUAGGCGAAGAACUGCGUAUUUCUUUUCUUUUUAUUUCACAAUAAGCACAAUAUGGAAGCGAAAUGGGACCCACAGAAUAAAUCUCAAUAUAUGAAAGGAAUUGAAGAGAAUAUUUGGAGAGAAUGUCCUGACCGACAUAUUCCGGAGCUUAAAAGGGAGUUUGACAAGAAGCGAUUUGGUUGCAGAGAAGCUUGUAAGUACAAGUUCCAAACCAAAUAAGAAAUAAUGGUUAGGGUUAUGUUUAUAGAGCAAGGUUAGAGGUGGCUUUCUAUAUUGAUUACCAGAAUCACAGUGCACAGUUUUACGUUAGUAUUACGCUAAGAUGGGGGUUAGGAUUAGGCUUGAAACAGAGUUAGAAUUAUAAUUCUAAGAUGAGAGAUUACAGUUGGAGUUACAAUUGGGAUUAGCACUGUAAUAGCCUGCAAAAUGUUUAGGAACGAACUUUCCCUAAGUCUCCUGUAAAUAGUAUAUUAAAAAAAGUCUUACUGUGGUCUAUAUAUUGAACACAAAAUAGCCUGUAAACUAGUUAUGACCAAAACGAAGCUAAAUUUAUGUAGUAUUCAUCGUCGCAGCCACGAAAUAAGCUGUCACCUACAUAUGUGAAUACACCAUUCCAGUCUCAUUUAUGUAUUGUUUGUUUAAAAAUAUAGCAACAAGUGAAGAAGGAGGCCCCAUUAUGCAACCUGAGCAUGAUCCGGAUAAUAGCGAGGUAAUACGUCUUUUUCUUUAGUAAUAUAUUACACAUCAUUGUUUCAAUGCAGAGGUCAUCCUAAGUCCUCCCAGAAUGACUAGUUCUACAUGUAAAUCAUCAAAUCACCCGCAAAGGACCUAUAGAGUUGCAUGUUUUCGCGGCUGUUCCUGGUUAGAACUACUGAACUAAUAAAUGUAUAUAAACUUCCACUCGAUAAUUUCCAUCUACACAAGACUACUAUAUUAUACAUAGACUAUCUGUACAACUAUUAUUGAAUCAAGAGUAUGAGAUGAGAUGCUAACAAAAUCUCGAUAUUUACCCAUCAAUUAAUUGAUAUACUUUUCAUCCACAAUAAAUUUAUAUUUGUUAUAAUAAUACUACUAUUUUAAUUACCUAACAAAUGUAUAUUUGCUGCAUAAGUCAACCAAUCGAUUAAGAUCGAAACAUUCGUUUGUCGGUCAUUUAAUGCACAUUCUUUGGGAUACGUUGCUGGACUCCUGAGACAAAAUGCAAGAAAGACGUCAUGCACUGAAACCGAAGAUGAAAGUCAUUUUCAACUGAUGAGAAGAAACGGCAGUUAUGGCAACUAUGUUUUUGUUUGCUUCGGUUUUCUGAAGCAAACAAAAACAUAGUAACAAUAACUGCCCCUAUGCACGAUGAUUGGUUAAAAACCUGAUAAUACACCUGGCUUAGCCUAAUAACACACAUGGUUCCCAACCGGCUGAUGGCUGAAAUAACUGGUUUAAUUGACAAUGCUGAUGAUACGACUGGUUUAUCGCCUAAUGAUUCCAACUUGAUGGCUGAAAUGCAAUGAUCAAUCUGAUGUUUUAACUGGUCCAAGACCUAUAACGAUUAAUCAUACGGUUUCCAACCUGAUGGGAGUGAUGGCUGAAACAACUAGAUGUCAUAAUCGAUUGUUGACUAACGAAAAGCCGCGGUUUGCAAUUAACGGUUUAACGUCGAAGAAGACUAUCUAAAUGUGUCUAUUAGGCUAUGUAUUGUUUAAAACGUUCUAUAACUGGUCAGAAAAAGUGUGGAAAGAAGGACAAGGGGAAAGCUAAACCAUAAACUGAGCAAACUUUUUUUUCAUGAAACUUGCAUGUAAAAAUUCGACAGAUAUAAGAUUAUUCUCUAUCUGAUUCUCUCGUUAUAAAUCUUCCUCGUUCAACAUCGACCUAUUAAAUUCAAAAAAGGCUCCAACUAUAGUCUUAAUGCAGUUAUAUAAUAUUGGAGUACACUAUAUGGUUUACAUAAAGUUUGCCAUAAUGCCAUUCUCAAUUUUCUUUAUGUAGGCCAACAACAUGAAUUAUUCACACAGAGGAAAAUGAUGACAACACAUUCCACGAACAUGCAGCCGAAGCAAACAAAAACAUAAAGAAGUUAACGAGAUUUAAGAUGGCGAAAAAUGGUCUUCAUCAUGGUUUCCUCAAACUGCAAAUUGGGCUGCAUGUUCUUGAAUGGACUUUAUAUUCAUUAAUAAUAUUGUAAUCACCAGUAUAAUAAUAAUAAUAAAAUAUUGUGCCGGUGUCUCAAAAUGUUUUGGCGUUUGAUUAAUAUGUCUAUACGAAUACAUCUCAAUCAGUCAAUAUUUGAUGAAAAUCUACAUUAGAUCAACACCACUAAAUUUAACUAUUAUCGUAUUCUGAAUACAAUACAACUGUCACUUUCAGUGCGAUAACUGUUCACGUUUUUAACUAUAUAAGACUACAGUACAUCAAACGCUCAAAGUAUUUUGGGACCACGCAGCAUAAGACCUAUAUAGUGUAUGUAUAUAACCAAUACACUUAAAAAUCAACGAAAUAAAAUUUGAAAUAUCACAAAUUUC